UUAGUACACUAAUAUUGGUGAUUGAAUUGUGUGUGCUUUUCCCACCAUUCUCAUGAUUAUUAACAAGGAGUAAAUAAAUUCAGAAGUUAAAGAAAGAGUCCUGUAAAGAACACUCUGUUCGUGACUUGAUAACUGUUGACUGUGAGUAUUUUUGGUUUUAUAAACUUUCAUGAGAACCAUUAGGGACUGGACAUUUUUAUUUGUAAAUGCUUAUAUACAAGCUGAAACUCUGAAAGACAAAAGGAAAACUAUGCAACAAGGGACAAAAAAUGCAUAGUCUUUCUGAUAAAGAGUCCCACAUAGGUUUUUGUUGCCUAUCCUGCUAAAUUGGUGAUUUUUUGACGAUGUAGGGGUAGGUCUCAACUACAGUUGGCAGGUUAAUUUACAGAGGAAUUAAAAAAGUAUAAUGUCGGAGAAGUCAUCCUGAUAAAAACAUUCAUAAUAAAAUGGUUUAAAGCUCUUCAGACACUCAAAAUCAGAAAUUGUGCAGUGAGGCAAACAGAAGAAAUGGGUAAUUACAACAGAAAGGUAUAGAUGCCCAUAAGUGAAAAAUGUAUUUUGCUACACAAUAGCAGUUUUUUUUAAGAAAGGAAAUUAUAUUAUUAUCAAUAAUACUGGCAAAGCUACAUUCUCAUGAAAAAUGAUUACUAAAUUGUUUGCAUAAAUAUCUAUUUGAAAAAGUUAGUUAUUUCUGUGCACUGAUCUUCUCUACUGUCGUGAACCAAAAUUAAAAUGCACAAGCCAUGUAUUUUUCCCUAAAUUUUCUAAGUAACGUAUGAAUGGUAGCUUCUCUUUUCAUUUGAAUCUCUGUGCAUGGCCCACUCCUUCUCAAGGACUAACUUAAUCAGUAAGCUAAUCUCAAACUCUUCUUCUCUUACUACUGUAUCCAUGUUUUUUUUGUACAUAUUAGAUUUGAAGCAUGUUACAUAUAGCUCCAUAAGAUGUGAUUACACAUCUAUGAAAUUUGAUAUCUUUUAUUCCCUACACUUCAAAGGAACAGAAAUAUUUCACGUUGCCAGUUCGACCUCUGGUACCUGUCAUGUGUGGGGUAUAAGCAUUCUUGUAGCACCACUUGUUUGGCAAUGGCAAUUUUUCAUUCAUUUGCUAUCAGUACUCAUUUAACAGUAUAAUUCCUGCAGGAUAGCAGAAAUAAGAUCUAAACUAUUGUUUUGAGGAGAUUUUCCAUUCAUCCCAGCAUAUGUACACAGACUUUAAAGAGGGUAGUCAUUAGCUCAUUACUAAAGACUACAGAAGGUGCGGAAAGCUUCGUACAAAAAUUAAAAUUUUGUGUAUCGUGCAAUUGAAAGCUACAGGAUCCUCAGGGAUACAAUUUCUGUAACUGAAUAUUUGCUUAUGUUGGUUAUGUAAUGACUGAAUAACAUGAUGAUAUGUUGAUGUGUGAUUCUAUAUUGCCACAUCUGACUAGAGUGACAAAUCUGGGUCAUUAUUUGUGUAUAUUCUUUAUAUUGUAACACAUCUGUGAGCUUUACAUUAUGAAAUGCAUUACUUUUUUCCUGAACCUCUGGGCUGAGAGAUCAGAAUCAAUAUGGAAAACUAUUCCAUUGUCAGAGACGGAACUUGAUGGAGCAGUUCUGAAUUUUGUCAGAGCAAGUGAAUGAGCGUUCCAAUAAAAUGUGCCACUGGAGGAAAUUGAAGUUUCAAGAGACUAUCAUACAUUUAGGCUAUCACAACUGGUGUUUACUCCAGUUAAAACAUCCAGGCAGUGCUGUUUUACCUCUGAAAAUAUCUCCCACAGUCAGUGAUGAAAUGUCAGGGUAUAGUUUUAUAUAUCAACCAGUAUGUAUUAGCCCAGAAGUUUUAACUGAUAUAUGCACUGGCCUUGGAAACUUACAUUGUGUGGAGUUCUUUUGAUGAUUCAGUUUCCUCCUCUGUGGCACAUUUUAUUAGACUGUUCCUGCAGCUGCUGUGCUAAAGUGUUAUAUACUUUUGUAUGUUGAGAUUGACCUUAAAUGGACAUUUAAUUUGAAUUUAUUUAAUGUUGAGUGCCUUGGACCCAUGAAUCAUUGAUACCAAGUCAAUAUGCAUUGGUUUUCUUGAUUCCAUACAGCCCUCAUAAUACAUGCAAAACAGGACGUCCCAAUUUUUUUUGUAAUACUGACACAAUAGAUUUGAGAGAGAUAGAAUGUUUAAAACACAUAGUGAUGAAUCCCACUUGCUAACACACUGUUAUUCAGACAGGUGGCAGAGGAGUUCUCAUUUGGGGUACGUUUAUGUGGGAUUAAGUUGGACUCCUGGUUUAUCUACUAUAAUGCUGCAACUACAGACAAACAACAGGGGAUCUUAUUAUUAGAUUGUGUGCAUCCAUUUGUUCACCUACAGUUGCAUGGAGUCAACCUAUACCACCAACAAGCCUUUUUUGUGCUAUAUAUGACUCAGUCUCAUCAUUAUGCAUGUAAUGCCGAUGUACUGUAUUCAGAAACAAAAUCAAUUGUCACCCUUUUUAAUUCAAGCCAGAGUCUCAAAGAAUGUGCUUGCUCAUAAUCGAGGAAACAUUGCCCAUUUCCGGCUAGUGAACUCUUGUUGGCUGGCGAUGUGUUAAAUCGCACAAUAACCAGUUACCACACCACAAUAACAUACAUAAAAUGGGCUCACCUACAGGAUGUGUGGAAAGGGACAGUGGCCUUUCAAUGACAGGAGUGCAGGUUCCCGAGGAUUAUGUGUCAAAGGAAGUAUUUGAUGCUGUCAAUGUGUACAUUAUUCCUAAGCCUCAGCUGCAAAGAAGCAUCCUGACCAUCAAUACAUUUGGAUAUAAAAUAACGGGAUUUCCAGUGAGAAUAGAUGAUGCAAAAUACGCAAGAAAUGCAUACUACUUUAAUCUCUGUUUUGUGUGUGAUGCAUGGGCUCGCACUGUGCAGUAUGAACCUGUUGUGAAGAAGCUUUCUGAAUAUUUGUUGACAAUGGAAGAAGAAGGAUGUUUCCUGUCACAAGUUAGUUCAGAAACUACAAAGCAUCAUCAGCUUUUUAGUAUACUUAAACAGAUUCUCAACAAUUUAAAUGCAACAGGGAUGUCUACUGUGAGAGAGGGAGAAAUGACGAUGUUCCUCAAGGUUGUCAGAGCUGCUACUGAUCCUCCGCCAGUUAUGGAUCAUCAUGUACCAAUUUUUACAACAGAGAAAGGUGUUUUUCAAGAGGAACAGUGGGAUUUGACAACUCAGCAGCUGCUGCCUCAUGUUGAUGGCUUCAAGCAUAUUGCACAAAUAGCUGUUGAUGCAGAUGUUGAGAACAGUCUUGUUAAAGCCUGCAUACAAAACCUCCUAUAUUACAAAGCUGUAAGCCUGCUGCCCAUAUUCUUGUACAGUAAUGUUUAUACACCAACACCAAAGGUGCGCUUGUUGGCAACAGACGCAGCAUUGCAAGAGGAGUGCAUUAAAUAUGUUUCUGUAUCAGGUCAACAAUUACCAUCUGUGCAAGAGAUCUUUGUAAUGUAUUGCAGUAUGACUCAUGGUACAACUUUGCAGGAUCUUUGCUCACGAUAUAACCCACAGGAGCAUAACAUUGAUGAAAGAAAGCUUGUACAGUUUGGACUCCUCCAUAAACUGAUUAGGAGGAUAUGUAAAUAUCCAGUCUACAUAAAAUCAACAAAUCAUUGUCAGCCAGUCACUUCACUGCAGCAUAGUUUCACUGGCCUGUUGUCUUAUGAUGAAGUAUGCUGUACAAGAGGGUACAGUCCUAAAACUUUAGAAGAGAAAGUAGAGUCAGAUCCAUCGGUAGUUGUGAUAUGGAAAUAGUGCUGUGAUUUAAGAGUUCUCAAUUUUUUUUCACAUUAAACGGAGGAAAUAAUAUUUAUAAUGAUCUGUCUGAAGACUAUCAUACAUGUACAUACACUUCUGCACUUCAUACGAAAGAAGUUGCUUGAAAAUCACUACAGUACAAUUUUUAAUGCCAAAAUUAAUUCAGUAUUGUAGUAUUUCCAAAUGAUCUAGAGUUUAUGAAAAUGUUAUGUAAGAUUAUACCAUUUUUGUGUUUCGCAAUGAACAAUCUAUGUUUUAUGAUAAGACUGUAUAAAAUAAGAAGACUGCAUAUUGUAUGUCUACGUGAUUGUAAGGCUGACAAGUAGUUAUUUUGUUGUAGAUUCAUUGUAUUAGCAAAACUGUCUCAGUAAUUGUUUAAUACAUAAAAGCACAACGAACUGCUUUAGAAUGAGUCAUCGAAAGAGUCCAAGUAAUUAAGCUGUAAUUUUGUCAUAUUUAUUUUACCAUGAUGAGAUUCUUCUUCACAAGCACUCAAGGCACUCGAUUUAAUUUCUGUUGUCAUCCUUGUCUGUGUAACUUAUGAAAUUCAUCAUGUUGUUUUUGUGUUUUUGUUUUCCUUUUUUUUUCUGAGAGAUAUGAUAUUUUGUGUACAUAAUGAGAAUAGAUCACUACUUACUAAAUAGAGGAACAUUGUGAGACAACAGUCUCUCUCUCUCUCUCUCUCUCUCUCUCUCUCUCUCUCUCUCUCUCUCUCUCUCUCUCUCUCUCCCUCCCUCCCUCCCUGUGUGUGUGUGUGAGAGAGAGAGAGAGAGAGAGAGAGAGAGAGAGAGAGAGAGAGAGAGAGAGAGAGAUAUGUGUCUCGCGGUUCUAGGCGCACAGUCCGGAACCGUGCGACUGCUACGGUCGCAGGAUCGAAUCCUGCCCCAAGCAUGGAUGUGUGUGGUGUCCUUACGUUAGUUAGGUUUAAGUAGUUCUAAGUUCUAGGGGACAUAUGACCACAGCAGUUGAGUUCCAUAGUGCUCAGAGCCAUUUGAACCAUUUUUGUGUGUCUCUCCUUUGUUUGGUAAAGAGUGAUCUGCCCUCAUGUGUAUUAUAUUCCAUCCUGCAGUUUCUGUAAAAUUGUGUUCUAUAUACAGUUAUUAUUUAAAUAGUGUCAAAUUAUAUCUUGUUUAUGGUAUGUUUUAUUUUCUUAAAGUUUUUGUCAAACUGAUUGUUAUUUUUCACCCUGUUGGCUUCUUUUAUUUUUUAUUGUGUUAAAAUGUUUUUCUCUUCAUUCUUCUUUCAUCUUUUAGUAAAUAAUUAACUUUGUUAUACACUGUUGACAAUUUAGUGAUCAUGUGCAAUAAGCAAUACUUUCACGUUUUGAUCAUGUAUUGUAACUUAUUAUUUGAUACCAAUUUAUAUAUUAUAAUAAAUGAUGUGAUAUAAUUUUAUAUAAGCUUAUAAGAUUCAAAUAA